AUGACCACCGUGGCCCGAGCUACCGUGUCGCUGCUGUUGCAGCACGACGCGACAGUCAAGAUGCUGGUUGUGCGCCUCAUGCACGACUUCAUAGUGACGUUUGACUUCGUCGAGACUGAAGACCCGAGAUGGGAAAGGCUGUGCGCGGCAGUCGACAAGCUGAGGUCAUCCUCGGACGAGUUCGCGCACUGCUGCAUGCACUCAGCAGUGGGCAACGAGCACAGGUUUGCGCACCCAUCGUUCAGCCCAGUCUGCGUGUGCUACGCAGCGCGGGUGAACACGCUGCACAUUCGCACAACCGAGCCCUUGUUUAAGCCGCAGGAGCUUUCAGGGCUUCUCAACCUUCUCCAUCUUGCACUCUUGCCUGUCUUCCUUCCCACAGGCAGCAAGGACGUGCCGCUGUUGAUGACAACAGCUGGUGGCACGGCACCAUCCCAGACGCUCAGCACCCUCCACAUCCAGUCUUGCCUGUCUGUUUGCCUGGUUGCCUUGUCUGUCGAUGGUUACAGGCGAGCAGACCCGAACAUCUUCAUCGAAUCCAUUGCAGGUGUUGUGGCCGCUGAGUGCGUGCUUGAGCGGCAAGUAACUCAGCACGUGCUACCCUUUGCCAAGCUCUCCGUCGGGUUUGCGCUGGUUCGCCGCGCUCCAUGGGCGUCCGGCGCCAUUCUCACCGACACCCACUCGGUGAUUGUGCAUACGAUGUACGAGGGGUCACCGUUGUCCGAUUCGUCAAGCCAGCAGCGCGAUUGGAUACAACGUGUGCUGGAAAACAUGUGGACUGCUUCCGCUCGAGGCAUGAAAACCAAAGGCGUUGGUGUCCCCGCGCUGCGCAAAGAGGGGGAGCUGUUCGUGGGUAACCUGCAACUGCCAGAGAUUGUCACCAAGUGGAUCGAGCAGCGGUUUCCGCGGUGUCAGGCCCAUGCACAGAUGCACGAGUAUGUGUGGGUGCUGACGCUCUUGUUCUUCCAACCUCCAAGAACAACUGCCGCCGUUCCGCCCCAGGACCUGUCAUUGAUGGCCCACCUUGAUUCACCCCACAUCAGGGAUGCGGUUGUGGCUCGCGCGAGAGAGAUCCGUACACGCAUCGUCCCAGAUAUGCUGCUCACAGACGGGCUCAUGUGCAUUGCACGCAGUCUCAACGACGUGUUGGCCACCAUGAAUCCUGGGUCGCGCACGGGGUAUCUUCGACACCUGCUUGUCAGCACAACCACCCCAAGCAGCCGCCUUGCACCAACGCCAUCGCCCGCGGCUGGCCUUCAGACAGCGUUGCUUGCAGCUUUGCAGCAAGUCUACUCGCGGGCGCCUGGCAAUCCAGCACAACAGCAACAACCACAGGCCGCCGUGCAACCGCGUCCAUUGCACACCGUGCUAGCCCGUGGCACCAGCGUGGCCGAUAGUGCCGGCUCCAGAUCGGCCACAGCACCCACGCAGGCACCUGUGACUUUCGUGGAGGUAAAGCAGCAAGUGGAGCAGGCGCUGCAAGUGCAACAGACACAGCAGGUGCAGCAGGUGCAGCAGCCACCACAGCCAACACAGCGGACACAGCAAGUACAGCGGCCACAGCAACAUGUGCAGCAAGGCACACCGAAAGAUAUCAACGCCAAGAGGAAGAAGCGCGACGACCCCGAGGACAGCUCGUCGCUCAGGGAAUGGCAAAACGAGAUUGCCCAGGACGACGACGAUGACGCCGAUGAAUGUGCUGAUUUGCUUGACACAACGCUCCCUGGGCUCGAGAGCGAGGACGAGGAAGACUGA